AUGCUUACGAAUCCAACUCUAGAAAGGGCUGUCCCAGAUAUGCCUGGGGAGCUUGUUCCCGAGCAAGUGUCCAAUUACUUAAAGACCAAAGUUUCACAGAUACUCCAUACUAGAUACAACCAAUUUCCAGGAUCCCAGCCAGUGAGUAUGGCCAGGGAACACUUAUACAAAAAUCUCAUGGACACAGACUACUUGGCAUGUGAGAAAUCAGAUGGCUUGCGUGUCCUCAUGUUUGUACUCAUCAACCAGGAUACAGGUGAGGAAGGAACGUUUCUAAUCAAUAGAGAAGAUGAAUAUUACGUUGUUCCGGGCUUUCACUUCCCACGCACAGCACACAACUUUGACUCCUCACACAAUGGAACCAUUCUCGAUGGUGAGUUGAUCUACAGUACAAACCCAAACACGGGGAUUCGAGAAAUUAGAUAUUUGAUUUUCGACUGCUUGGCCAUGGACAUGGUGAGUGUUAUGCACAAGAAUUUAUACAAACGGCUUUACCAUGCCCAGCACGAGUUUCAUCGUCCAUACAUGGAACUCCGGCGUGCAUUCCCCGAGGCUUGCUCCCACUUCCCCUUUAAAAUAGACUUCAAGAACAUGACCCAGCCGUUCAAGAUAGACAAGAUUUUCAAAGAGAUGAAAAAUCUGACAUACGUCUCGGAUGGCCUUGUUUUGACAUGCUGCGACACGCCGUAUCAUUCAGGAACAGAUUCUACGCUACUUAAAUGGAAGCCGGCUGAGGAUAACACUAUUGACUUCAAGGUGAAACUUGAAUUUCCCAAAUACAUCGACAAGGACUUACCGGACCACGACCCAAAUAGAGAGUACCUGGACUACGAUGCAAAGCCUGAGUUCAAGUUGUUUGUGUGGAAGGGGGGCCGUGAUCCACAUGAAGAUGAAACACCAGAUGAGAAUAUCAGUCGAAACGGAGGUGAGUAUAGAAGCAGCUUCCAGUUAUACGAGGAUUGGCAUGUUUCGUUGGACGUGAGUGAUGAUCAGUGGGAGGAGAUGAAGAGCAAUGGAGAAUCUUUCAACGGGAGAAUAGGUGAAUGCUACCGUACGAAGGAAGGUAAGUGGAGACUGCUUCGUUGGAGAGAUGACAAGCUUAAUGGAAACCAUAUUAAUGUGGUGCUAAAGAUUUUGAAGUCGAUUGAGGAUGGUGUCACAGAACAGGAGCUUAUAGCAGCCGAACCAGAUAUUAAGAAACACUGGAUCGAGAGAGAGAACAUUAAAAAGCAGCGUCAAAAGCAGUUUCAGCAGCAGCAGCAAAUGCAGCAUCAUCAACAUUCAUCUUCGCAGUUUGGAGCCACACCAAAAUCUUCAUCUUCCUCCCCAUUCACACAACAGAGGCCUCCACCAUAUCAUAAUCACGCACCCGGCUCACGUUCUGGCUCCACAAGCGAACGGAAGAGAUCCGAAUCUCAUGAAUUCGAGGUCCCUAAAUGCACAUCUGAUCAUAAUGAGGAUGAUAAGAUCGACGCGAAUAUCAAGGUUGCUGAUCAGUCGAAUACGGGGGAUGAUGACGAUAACCAGUAUCAGGAAUCUGACGGCUUUGAAGAGGCACCCAAGUACUCCAAAGCAGAACUCGAGAAGUGA